GCCAAAGCCUGAGAACGCCAUCACCAUCGCGGUGUCGUCGCGCGCACUUUUCCGCAUGGAGGAGGAGCAGAAGAUUUACAACGAGCAAGGGGUGGAAGCCUAUGUGAAAUACCAGCUGGACCAUGAGAACGAGCCCUUCCUCCCUGGGGCUGCCUUCCCCUUCGUCAAGGCGCUGGAAGCAGUGAACACGCAGCUGCGUGAGCUUUACCCUGACAGUGAGGAGCUCUUUGACAUCGUCCUCAUGACCAACAACCAUGCCCAGGUUGGGGUUCGCUUGAUCAACAGCAUCAACCACUAUGAUCUGUUCAUCGAGAGGUUCUGCAUGACGGGAGGGAACAGCCCCAUCUGUUACCUCAAGGCCUAUCACACCAACCUCUACCUCUCCUCCGAUGCCGAGAAAGUGAGUGGGGCCAUUGAAGAGGGGAUUGCUGCAGCCACCAUCUUCAGCCCCAGCAAAGACCUGGAGGUGUCGGAGAACCAGCUGCGGGUGGCGUUUGAUGGUGACGCCGUGCUCUUCUCUGAUGAGUCGGAGCAGAUCGUGAAGGCUCACGGCUUGGACAUGUUCUUUGAGCAUGAAAAGGCUCACGAGAACAAGCCUCUGGCACAGGGACCCUUGAAGGGCUUCCUGGAGGCCCUGGGGAAGCUGCAGAAGAAGUUCUAUUCCAAGGGGCUGAGGAUGGAGUGUCCCAUUCGCACCUACCUGGUCACUGCCAGGAGCGCAGCCAGCUCGGGAGCUCGGGCCCUAAAGACUCUGCGCAGCUGGGGCCUGGAGACGGAUGAGGCUUUGUUCCUGGCUGGGGCUCCAAAGGGGCCGCUGCUGAAGAAGAUCCGUCCUCACAUCUUCUUUGAUGACCAGAUGUUCCACGUGGAGGGAGCCAAGGAGAUGGGCACUGUCGCCGCCCACGUCCCCUACGGCAUCGCCCAGAAGCACAAGCGGCCGGCGCAGGAGAAGCAAACCCCGAACAGCAAGUAGCGGAGCUGGGUGGUCCCGCAGCCCCCAGCACGCGGCACAGACUUCACCCCACGCACCACGCUCUGACCUGGGUUGUGGUCUGCAAGGCAGAGAGCAUUUGCCCUGGUGAGCGUGAGGUUAUUCCCCAGCAGGAGCCUUGUUGGGGGCAUGGAUGGAGGAGAGGGCUGACGAAAGGCUUCCUUUCGCCUCUGUGUUUGUUGCAAUGUCGUGGCAUUGUCCCCGUUCCCUGUGGGGCUGGAGGGUCUCCUGCGCCGGGCAGCUCCACCAGCCUGUUUCCCUGUUGUCCAUGCUCUGCACUUGCUUCAGGCAAAAUCCCUCGAGGAUGGAUCUCGCCUUUUGUGGACUGUUUGUGCCAGGCAGGUUUAACCUAUUGGCUUUUCUUUAAACCCCCAGGUAAUUCCCAAAGCCUUUGAUUUACAAAGCAAAUGUGCAGGCUGAACUGUUGAACUGGAAAGCUGGGAGCAUGCAGAAACCCUUCUUGCAGCUCUGAAACAAAAUGUGCUUUUUAACUAAAAUUAAACCAUAAUAUUGUUCCUUCACAGACCCAGUCCCUGCUCCCCAACCAGAAAAUCUUUCAUGUCUUUGUCCUUUUACCAAGAUUUUGUUAGCUGACUAGCUUUCCUUUCAUG